CUACAUGAGUCAUUAUAGCCCUCCCAUAAAUUCCCAUGGGAAAACUUUACACGAGUAUAAGACAGCGCUCUGAGAGUCGUCGUGCGUAAAAGUUCCAACUAACCAAAAUGGAGUCUGUCUUAGUGGUUAUCUCGCUCCUCUCGACACUUUGUCACGUUUUCGCCGUUCAACCAAAAGAGGUUUGUCUUCUACAGUUGGACGAGGGACCGUGCAAAGGUGAUGUCCAACGUUUCUACUACAACACUAUCACUCAGAAGUGCGAGGACUUCAGCUAUGGAGGGUGCGCUGGAAACGCCAACAACUUCAUUACUUUUCAGGAGUGUCAGAAAACCUGCUGGAAGAUACCAAAGAUUCCCCAGAUCUGCAGGUUUCAGAAGGAGGAGGGCCCUUGCAGAGCGCUCCUCCAACGCUACCACUUCAACAUGACCACCAUGCAAUGCCAACCCUUCAAUUAUGGGGGAUGUCAAGGAAACAACAACCGCUUCGAUGAUGCGCAGUCCUGCAUGGAGUACUGCAGGCCGCGGAAAACCACCUCAGUGCUGUGUCUGGGUCCGCUGGAUGUUGGGCCUUGUUCCGCCUCCAUCCCUCGCUACCACUACAGCUCACUCACCAAGACCUGCGAGCAGUUCCUUUACUCUGGCUGUGGGGGGAGCAGCAACAACUUUGUCUCCAGGCAAAGCUGUUUGGACGUCUGUGUUCUCCGAGGACAACCACGGAAAACCAGGCCGUUUGGUAGACGAUCUCUCAGGAAGAAGAAUAUGAAUAACGUGCGGGUGUUUAGCGUCUGAUUUGUGUGAGCAAUUACAACUUGGGCAAGUAUUUGCCUAACACUGACAAGUCUAGCACUGAUUGCGCAGCUUCCACUCUGCUAAAUAAUUUGUACUGUUUUGACCUGUGGCCUACACUACUAUUACAGUUAGCUGUUAUGUACAGUUGAAAAUGGUGGUUGAAACAGUUUUGGACAAAAUGGUGGAUGAAAAACUCAAUGUGAAUCUAAUUCCAAAUGCAACAUUUCUGUUGGUUUGUUCUCUGAAGACGUGUGUGGUGACACAUACGUACAUUAUAGUCUGUGGUAGCUUUGUUUGUAUUGAUUGUGUAAUAUACAAGUCUAAUACAUGUCUACUAAUGUAAACCUGCUUAAAUAUUUUAUAGAUCAUGUCAUAUUUAUGUAUUUGUAUGGUAUUUUAUUUUUACGUAAUCAGUUUUUUUAAAUGAUUGACAACAACCAUUGGUUAACUGCAUUUGUAUAUGUCAUAACAUAUUUUGUAUAAAAUAAAACAAAUUGUCUCUUUUCA